AUGCUUCUAGAAUGUAGGAACGUUUCCAACGAGCAGCCCAACAUUGAGGACCAGGAUGGAGACAUAUCUGAAUGGCCAACCACAGAGUCCGUCCUCCUUAAUGCAUGCACCCCGGAUUUGGACCAACACACUCAUUUGCAGGAUGGCGGAUGUCAUAAUAAAAUCGGACCCUUUGCAGCUUCUGAAAAUAAAAGCAAGUAUUCGAACAUUGAGGAAUGGAUCAACAGUGACGCCCAGCAAUCAGCCCCCCAGAGAUGCGAAGACGUCAGAGCAAAUGCAUCGCCACAGUCUACUCUUUCCACAUACUCUGAUUCCUCCCUUUUCGACCGCGAGCCCUCCGCCGAAGCCAGCAGACGAGUGAAGAAUAAUGCUGCUUCGCGAAGGUCACGUGCCUGUCGCAAGCAGCGUUUCCAGCUCAUGCAAAUGCGAGUCAAAGAGCUGGAUACUGUCAACAAUGGUCUGCGGGAGACCCUUAGAGGAUUAGAUCGUCUUCUGACAGAGGCCAAGGAAAUACUCUUACAGCAGGCAACCAAGUCCCAGGACUGUGGAAUCAACCGGGACAAUCAGACAUUUGCCUACCUUAACACUGUCCGGAGCUCACCAUUUCAAUCAGAUGACAAGUAA